AUGCCUUUUGUGCUUCCGAGGCUGCGGGAAGUCACCCAGGUGAAGAGUGUCCACGACCCUCCACCUUUGAGCCGCAUUUCCGCGUGGUCGGGUUCACAAGCAGACGGCCCAGAGAGCAGAAGGUCCAACUCCUCAUUGAGAGUUGAAGAAUCUGCAAGAAGCGGCCUGGGAAGUGCUCUGGCCUCACCAAAUCUGCCGCGAGUGGUCGUGUCGGACAUUAGGUCCGACCAUUCAGCGGACAGCGCGCAGAUGGCAGAGACGUCCUCGCCCGUCCUUGCAGAGGGCAUGGCGGAGUCUGCAUCCAUGGAUGUUGGCGAUAUCGAUGGGAUGCUCGAGGUCCCGAUGCCAAUGGGGCCCAGCAAAGACUUCCGACAAGGGCCAACAACCACGGCCAGUUUACUGGAGAAGCGGAGAGUGCAGAUGAUGAUCAUGCGCGCAGAGAAGACAAGAAAGUUCACUGCAGAAAAGCGCUGGUAUGUGAUCAACCCGGAAAGCAAUCGCUGCCUCAUGGUCUGGCAGAUGGUGACCACGAUUGCCAUGGUGUUUGUCGCUCUCAUCACACCCCUCCAGGUCGGCCUUUUCGAGAUGCAGGUCGACCUGCUUCUGGCCGUGAGUCUGUGCAUUGAUUUCAUAUUCCUCACAGACAUGAUCCUCCAGUUCUUCACGAUGUAUCCCAAGAGGACAGCUCGAGGCGUCCAGUGGGAGCACUCGCUGGGAAAGAUCAGCAGGCACUAUAUGAAGACAUGGUUUGCGCUGGAUUUUGUCACGCUGAUACCAUGGGACGUGAUCAGCCUGAUCAUCCCUGGCGCAAACAAUCUGAAGGAGUUCAAAGGCAUCAAAAUCAUGCGAGCCCUCCGCUUGCUCAAGUUGAUGCGGAUUUUCCGGACCUCCAAAGUGAUACACAAGCUGGAGAUCGCGCUAUCGAUACCCUACCAGCAGAUGGCACUCAUCAAGUUCUUGCUUGUGCUGAUGUUAGUUUGCCACUGGCUGUCGUGCCUCUGGGCAAUGACUCUGGGAAUGGCGGAAGACGCGCACCCGCAAUGGAUUGAUGAGAUUGCCACAACGGAUGCUGAGUUCGGCAUAGAUACGAAGGCUUCGCCGGCACGAAUCUAUGUGGCAGCCUUCUACUUCUGCAGCUACACCAUGACAUCAGUUGGAUAUGGGGACAUUGGGCCGCAGAACAUAAUGGAGCGAAUGGUUUGCAUUGCCAUUGUCCUGAUCGCUGGCCUGUGCUGGGCAUACAUCCUUGGCGAGGUGGGAGCCAUCGUCACAGACAUCAACUCCGAGAACCAAGGAUUUCGGAAGAAGAUGAACAGCUUGAAUCGCAUGAUGCAGGAGCGAGGCCUCCCUCAAAAUCUGCGUCGGCGUCUCCGAAGUUAUUUCCUGCAAAACAAGCAUCAAGCACAGUUCGUCAGACAUCAGAAGCUCCUGGAGUCCAUGAGCCCACAGCUGCAAGCGGAGGUGUCCACAUCAAUGAACUUGCAGUGGCUCAAUCGAGUCUGGUUCUUCCGGCAGUUUAUGAAGGUUAUCGAGAGUAAGGAGUCGCAAGGCAUCAAUACCGACCUGUACCGAGCAUGCAUCUCGGAUAUCUCGCACCAGAUCGAGAGCAGGGCUUUUGCGCAGGAGGAGAUGUUCGGUGACGUCCAGGUGCUCUACAUCCUGUCCAAAGGCUUGGUAGCGCUGAACAGCAAGAUUGGCCUCUAUGGCGCUGUCUGGGGUGAGGACUUCGUGCUUUCCGACGCGACCCUCAUUCGGCGUGUCUCUGCAUUUGCGCUCACAUACUUGGAGGUGUUGAUCUUGCCCCACAAACAGUUCAUGGAAGUUGUGGAGCGCAGGAAAUCCACCUGCCCUCAGUUGGCUAAGAUUGUUCGGCAGUAUUGUGUUCGCGUGGCCACACGACGUGGGAUCCUGUCCGAGGCUCAGAAGCGAAACAAAGGUCGCUCGAAUUCACGACACAACUCAGCCAACUCUGUGGGCUCGGCCGGCCCCGCUCGGAACAAGUCCGUUCCGUCGGGCUUGUGUCCAGUGCUACCACUGCCCGGCGCAUUGGGGUGA